GAGUUAUUUAUUGACCAUUUACUAUUAUGUCCGGUGAGCGUUGGUGAAAAAAACGUUGAGGCUGAGUGUUAUUCUUCCCUAACCUUCGUCUGAAACCCUAAAACAUUGAAUCUUAAGAAUGGAACUGUCAUGGUUGAGUGCCAUUCUGGUGGGGGCUGGUUAUCUCGCUUUGGGCUACUUCAUUGGUUCUCAGUAUCCCCCUCGUUUCCUCUUCUCACAUAAAUUAUCGACUAAACAAAAAGAUGCUUCACUUCUCAAUGACAGCGACAAUAAGAAGAGGAAUACUAUGUCCAAACUCGAAGACCCCCUUGAGAUUGAACAACUCGCUGAAAUUCUCGAUGAUUUUAAGAUGAUACUUGUUGUCAGGAAUGAUCUUAAAAUGGGUAAAGGGAAGAUUGCUGCUCAAUGCAGUCAUGCAACGUUAGGUCUCUAUAAAAAGAUCCUUCGUCGAGCACCAAAGGCUUUGAAUAGGUGGGAGAUGUCUGCACAGCCUAAGGUGGUUGUCAAAAUUGAAUGUGAAGAAGACAUGCUGGCUUUGCAAGAAAGAGCUAAAUCUCUGAAGUUACCUACCCAUAUCACAAUUGAUGCUGGGAGAACACAGAUUGCACCAAAUUCCAGAACAGUGAUGGCAAUUCUUGGACCUGUUGAAGUGGUAGAUGAGGUAACAGGUGGACUGAAACUACUAUAGUUUUCUGUCGGAUCAACUUGGUACAUUGCUUACCAUGAACCUGAGUGAGUGUUCAUGAAGGAUAACAGAUUGAACUAAUUAUGGGCCUCGUGAAGAUUUACGAUUAAAUCUUUAGUUGACAGUAUGAUGAUGAUGAUGAAAACUUCUCUUAGGAGAUCUGGAAUCAUGUGCAAUUCAGUUUGUACGAGAUAUAUUACGGUGAUUCUAGGCUCAGUGCCCAAAACUUUUAUUCAUGGUGGUUUCAUGAUUGGUUUUGGAAGGUAUGUGAAUUUUUUUAGCCAUCGAAAUAAAAUUUGGAUAUGCCAUUUGGAAUAAGAAAAUAUUGGGAAUA